AUGGCGAGCGGCGCGCUUGUGUUUCCUGUGGUGGCAACUCAACGAGGGUCCUCCCUUGUCUCCACGAUCAUCUACUCGACGGACGAGGGCCAAACGUGGGUGCUCCCGAAGGGGAUGCUCCCCGCUGGCUGCGCUUCGCCCCUCCUCGCCGAGUGGGAGGCGGGGCAGCUGCUCAUGAUUGCUAAUUGUACGUUUGGCCGCAGGGUGUUCGAGUCGAGGGACAUGGGGGCAACGUGGGCGGAGACUGUCAGGACACUCUCGCGCGUGCGGGGUGAUUCUGAAUCAAACCCUUUGCAAGAGGCUCGGCGUGUGACGUCCCUCACCACCGCGACGAUUGCUGGAACGAGGGUCAUGCUGUACACCCAGAAAGAGUACCCACUCGGGGAGAUGGAGGCGGAGGCGCUCUUCCUUUGGGCCACCGACAACAGCCGGACGUUUCGCGUCGGGCCCAUUUCCAUGGACGCUGCUGGAAAUACGCCGCUCUCCAGCGCCCUGCUGUACUCAAACGAUAAACUGCACUUUUUGCAGGAGAGAGGCAUCAGAAUGAACGUGAGCCUGUUUUUGUCCCCCCUGACGGAGGAGCUGGGGACAAUCACGUCCGUCUUGGGCACUUGGGCAGAGCAGGACUCCGCCUUCUCCGGGUUGUCUGUGCCCACGGUCGGCCUGGUUGGAUUCCUGUCGGAUGCGUCGAGUGAUGCAACGUGGGGCGACGCGUACCGCUGUCUGAACGCAGUUGUGACGAAGGCAACGAAGGUCAAAAAUGGCUUUGAGUUCACUGGGGCCGAGUCCUACGCCUUCUGGCCCGUGAACAUGUGGCAGUAUGGUAACGUGUACGGCUUUGUGAAUUACGCGUUCACGCUUGUGGCGACGGUGACCAUCCAUCAGGCUCCGAAGGAGAGCGCGACUUUGCUGGGUGCGAGUCUGGAGGACUAUGGCAGCAUGAAGUUCGUGGGGCUGGCGUACACUGCGGCGAAGAAGUGGGAGACGGUCUUCAACGGCAUGGCAACCGCACCCAACGGCAAUUGGGAGCCGGGGAAGGAGUACCAAGUGGCGCUUAUGCUGCAGGGCAACAAGGGCUCCGUGUACGUGGACGGCAAGCUCGUGGGAACCUCCGAAGCGCUGCCAACACCCGAGGCACGGGGUUACGAAAUCUCACACUUCUACUUUGGAGACGACGAGGGCGGCAGAGUGGCGGUGACAAACGUCUUUUUAUACAACCGCCCACUGAGUGUCACGGAACUCAAAAUACUCAACGAAGCAUACGGUAACGAUACAGGCGACAGCUCCGUGCGCGCGGGUGUGUCUCGGGUGCUGCUACUCCUGCUGCUGCUGGGGCUAUGGGGCUUUGCGGCCCUGUCCUGA